AUGGCGUUUACUGAUGUUCUAGGCGCGGCUAUUGGUGAUGUGCUUGCGAAUGAAUUUGUACUAUGCCAACCAUGGCCCGCACUCGCCUCUGCCGAUGCCCUGUUUACCCUUCUCUUCUGUUCAUUUCUGAUGUAUCUCUUGAAACGAUUUCUGAUAUGGGUAUCGGUCUCGGCUAAUGCGACGUUAUGGUUUGAUCUCGUCUUCCCUCCCGGUGUUGUUUUGAAUGGGCUCCUGGUCGAAUUCAGCUUGAUAGUUUUCAAGGUUCUUACGCUACUUUAG